AUGGCUGGCGCGGUCGGUUGUUGCGAACUCAUCAUCGCCUUCUUCCUCCCCUUCGUGGGUGUCUUCAUGCGCACGGGUUGCAGCUGCGAUCUUCUGAUCAACAUCUGCCUGUGCAUUCUGGGCUGGUUCCCUGGUGUCAUUCACGCCUACUACAUCCUGGCCAACAAAUAG